CCGAAUUUCACUCAAUUUCCGGAGCCCGUCCCCUACCUCCCCUCCCGUCCUUCCCCUCCCCCUAUCCUUUCUCUCUCUCCUCUCCCUCCUCUUCUUUAUUGCUUUAACGUUACUCCCACUAGCCACCCACUCUUCCUCGAGGCCACCACAACACCCCCGGGACACACACACAGUCACACACACAUAAAAAAAAAAAAAUCCCCCCUCGCCUCGGAUUCGCUCGCGCCCCCGCCCGCCGACGCAACAGCGAGGUCGUUCCGUUCCAGGCUUCGGACGGAGGCGGGGUGACGUAAGGAGGUGCGCGGGAGGAUCCGUUCGCGCCCGGAGGACCGGGAUCCGGCGCCCGUCGUCGUCGACGCCCAUGUCGGGCCACCUCGAUCGCUUCGCGCGGCCAUGUUUUGAAGGGUGCUCAAGUCACGAUGAACGUAGAGACCAUAAGUCAGACUUUGAAGUCUCUGAAGAUGAAAAGAAGACAAGAAUAAGCUCUUUGAAGAAAAAAGCAAUAGAUGCAUCAACAAAGAUUAGGCACUCAUUAAAAAAGACUAGAAGGAAGAGUGGUAGUAGGGUCCUUUCUGUGUCUAUUGAGGAUGUGCGCGAUCUAGAGGAGCUGCAAGCUGUUGAAGCAUUUAGACAAGCAUUACUCUUGGAUGAGCUGUUGCCUGCAAGGCAUGACGACUAUCAUAUGAUGCUGAGAUUUCUGAAGGCAAGGAAAUUUGAUAUCGAUAAAGCCAAGCAAAUGUGGAUUGAUAUGCUUCAGUGGCGGAGGGAGUAUGGCACUGAUACAAUUGUGGAGGACUUCGAAUACACUGAGUUGAGCACCGUUUUGCAAUAUUAUCCUCAUGGUUAUCAUGGAGUUGACAAAGAGGGGAGACCUGUUUACAUUGAAAGGCUUGGAAAGGUUGACCCUAGCAAACUUAUGAAUGUCACAACGAUGGAUCGAUACGUGCGAUACCAUGUGAAGGAGUUUGAGAGGAGCUUCUUGAUUAAAUUUCCAGCUUGCUCUCUUGCUGCAAAAAGGCACAUUGAUUCCAGCACGACAAUUCUGGAUGUCCACGGAGUGGGGUUGAAAAAUUUCAGCAAAACUGCACGCGAAUUAAUUCAACGACUGCAGAAAAUUGACAAUGAUAACUACCCAGAGACUCUAUACCAAAUGUUUAUCGUCAAUGCUGGUCCGGGCUUCCGGUUACUAUGGAACACUGUGAAGUCCUUCCUUGAUCCCAAAACGACCGCCAAGAUACAUGUUCUUGGGAACAAAUACCAAAGUAAGCUGCUUGAAACAAUUGACGCUAGUGAAUUGCCAGAAUUCCUUGGUGGCACUUGUACCUGUCCUGAAUACGGAGGUUGCCUUAAGGCUGAAAAGGGACCGUGGAAGGACCCAAACAUACUUAAGAUAGUCCAAAGUGGUGGGGUUCAUUGUGCUCGUCAAAUUGUAACUAUUUCCAAUGGUGAGGAAAAAUUUAUUACUUACGCCAAACCGAAGCGCCACGCAAUGAGAGGGAGUGACACAUCAACUGCUGAGUCUGGUUCAGAAGCUGAUGAUGCUGUGUCCCCCAAAGCUCUCAGAAGUUACAUAUCACAUCCUAAGUUGACCCCAGUUCGUGAAGAGGUCAAAAUGGUCAGGGCUACUAGCUUUUCUACUCGUGUCCCUGAAUAUGAUGUACCUGUUGUUGACAAGGCCGUGGAUGCUACAUGGAAGAGAGAGCAACCACGAAAGGCACCAUCCGUGCCCCAAGAUGCAGACUCAUCUGUGAAAACUGCAUCCAAGCCAUCUGGCCGCCCCUGGGAUAAGAUCGCUGCAAAUCUGAUGGCUUGUCUUAUGGCUAUUGUAAUGUUGGUUCGAUCAAUCAAAGAUCUUGCCACAAUGAGAUUGUCAUCUAAAGGCGGGUCAGAAGAAAGCUACUGUACAUUGUACCCGGACUCCGUCCAGAAAGAGGAAUUCCGUCCUCCUUCGCCAUUCCCUGGGUUCGCUGAAGCCGACCUAUUCGCCGUGGUCUUGCAAAGGCUGGGAGAGCUUGAAGAGAAGGUCCAGAUGCUUCAAGAAAAGCCUUCUGAAAUGCCUUGCGAGAAAGAAGAGUUGCUUAACGCUGCUGUGCGUCGUGUGGAUGCAUUGGAAGCUGAACUAAUUGUAACAAAGAAGGCUUUGCACGAGGCUCUUAUCAGGCAAGAGGAACUGCUCGCGAACAUCGACAGCAAGGAGAUUGCCAGGGCUCAGAGAAAGAAGAAAACAAUGUUCUGCUACUAGGACAACACCUGCUUCCGUGAGGAGAUGACAAACGCGGCGGACCCCUUCAUUUUUCUGACACUUGUGAAUCAACAGGUUUCCGUUGUAAAUCAACAAAAUUCUGGCAUAAAUAAAAUGUUUUUUUUUUAAAAAUUGCAA